UCCAGCGCAGGAAUACCGGUUUAGCCUCUUCUGUGUACAUGACACAUCUCGUAUCAGCAUGGGGUCCCAGAAUGUCCUAUCGGACACUACUAAGCUGGCUUCUUCUACUAUGAUCCUGCAGGUUGUCUUCCGUGUGCUGACCUUUGCCUUAAAUGCUUUCACGUUGCGCUACGUCUCCAAAGAAAUCAUUGGCAUCGUUAACGUUCGGCUAACCCUGUUUUAUACGACAGUCGUAUUUCUAGCCCGAGAAGCUUUUCGUAGGGCCUGCCUUAGCCACUCUUCACAGCAGAGCUGGAGACAGACAAUAAAUCUCAUCUGGUUGGCGGUGCCUUUGGGCAUCUGCUGGUCCCUAAUACUGGGAUGGAUCUGGUUGAAUGUCCUUGAGGUGCCCGACCCAGAGAUAAUCCCCCACUACAGCACUGGAGUACUUGCAUUUGGAUUAUCCUCGGUUAUAGAGCUCCUGUCGGAACCAUUCUGGGUCCUUGCACAAGCUCAUCUCUUUGUCCGGCUCAAGGUUGUUUCUGAAAGCCUUGCAAUAAUCACUCGCUGUUUCAUCACUGUGAUCCUGGUACUUAUCUGUCCCCACUGGGGCCUGGUCAUCUUUUCGUUGGCCCAGAUUGUGUAUACAAGCCUACUUGCUCUGUGUUACAUACUAUAUUUUGCAAGAUUUUUGGGUUCUCAAGAAGCACAGAAGAAAUCCUUCCCUCUCAGAAGGAUGGUGGACUUCUUUCCUCAGUUCUCAGCAUCUCAGGAUUUUCUUGAUUGGAAACAGACCUGGCUUGCCUGGAGCUUCUUUAAACAGUCUUUCCUCAAACAGAUCCUGACUGAAGGUGAAAGAUAUGUUAUGACCUUUCUGAACGUCCUGUCAUUUGGAGAUCAAGGAGUCUACGAUAUUGUGAAUAACCUUGGCUCCCUGGUGGCACGCUUUGUCUUCCUGCCCAUUGAGGAGAGCUUCUAUGUGUACUUUUCCAAGAUCUUGGAACGUGGGAAAACUAUCAGGAGUCAACAAAAAGAGGAGAUCUCUUCAGCAUCUGAAGUCUUGGAGUCCCUUUUGAAAUUGGUGACACUAAUUGGCCUGAUCAUUGUUGCAUUUGGAUAUGCAUAUUCCCAGCUGGCCCUGGAUAUUUAUGGGGGAUCCAUGCUGAGUGGGGGGACAGGUCCUGUUCUUCUGCGCUUCUUCAGUCUUUAUGUACUCCUGCUGGCCAUUAAUGGUGUCACUGAGUGCUUUACAUUUGCUGCUAUGAGUAAAGAAGAAGUGGACAGGUAUAACUAUGUUAUGUUGGGUCUUUCUGUGAGCUUCCUUGGCCUGUCCUACUAUAUGAGCCUCUGGCUUGGCAGCGUUGGAUUCAUCCUGGCAAACUGCUUCAAUAUGGGGCUGCGAAUUGUACACAGUGUGCUUUACAUCCGGAGAUAUUACAAAGGAAGUCCUUACCAGCCACUGUCUGGCCUUCUGCCAUCCACUGCGGCCGUCUGCAUGCUGGCCAUCAGCACGGCUUUAACUGGGUACUCAGAGGUGGCCCUCUGCUGUGAUGGAGGUUGGCCGUUCCGUUUGGCUCAUGUAGCAGUUGGAGCGCUCUGUCUUUUGCUUACUCUUGGUGCCAUUGUCCUGUCAGAGACCAAACUGACCACCUUCAUCCGAAGUCAUUUCCUGUCUGGGCGCACCAAAAAGGGAGUAUAGAGUAGGCGGAAAGUUCAUACAUUUCUCGUAUUUCACCCCGUUCUACAGAGCUCUGUUUUCUGUAGAUAUCAGACUGUCCAUUGUGAAAUCUAAGAGCUACUCAAGACCAGAAGAAAGGCUGGAUGAAUAAAACCAGAAGUGAUGGUGGAGAUGGAAGAAGAAAGCAUAGAGAGAGAGAAACACCACUCACAAAACUGAAUAGAAAUACUGUAUUACAGCACAUUAAGUCUGUUGAGUUGACUUGUUUGACUUUUUAAGAUGUACCAGCUCAGUUGAUUCAACCCAGCUGAUUAAAACUAAAUGUUCUUAUAAUGAUAUAGAAAUGUCUUCAGGUAAGUCAAGUUUCGGUUGCUUAGAUGCUCUUUAUUAC